AUGUAACUUUAGAGACGGUCCCUUAAUUUCCGCAUAUCCGCGAAUAUCGAACCUCCAACAUCACACCAACUUUAUCCCAGUCGGUUCAUACACCUUUAAGGGAACGCCCGGGCCUAGUAGUUUUUAGAUCUAGGGUGUGGCCUCGGAUUACAUUCAUCAUGCUUCUUUCACUCACAUUUAGUCCGCUGUGAGGGAACUGAUACAGAAGCACAGCUAAACACAGAUAUCUGACACUUGGGAUUUAUUGUGUAUACUCUGUAUUAGUGUGAAACUAAACGCUUUUGCUCGUGUGUGCAGUAGAAACCUCCUGCGUUUCCGAUUCAGUAAUCCCAGAAACGCUGCUGUCAGUGAUUCGUUACUUCUUCUACCACAGCGCGAACACAGAGGUAAAAGAGAGCGCUUACAGAACUUAACCGGGAGUUUUUCGAAGGAAACCUGGCCCCAUCAUGAGUUGUCAAUUGAAACAAUGGAAAGGAUUAUAAAAGUCAUUCAAGAAGAGGCAGACGAAGACGUUCAGUGCUCUACACUAUUAACUAUGGGACUCUUUGGGCUGUUGAAGAUGCAGUUCGUUUGUCAUCUCAUCAUCUGUUAUGUGUUUCUAGUCAGUGGGCUCAUAGUCAACUUCUUGCAGCUCUGCACACUGCCAUUGUGGGGUAUUAACAAACAGCUGGCUCGCAAGGUCAACUGUAGACUGGCAUACUGUAUCUCCAGCCAGAUGGUGGCACUACUGGAAUGGUGGUCUGGUACAGAAUGUACACUGUACACUGAUCCUGCAUCCUACCCCUUCUAUGGCAAAGAAGAUGCAAUUGUUGUCCUCAACCAUAACUUUGAGAUUGAUUUUCUGUGUGGUUGGACCUUCUGCGAAAGAUUUGGUGUGUUAGGGAGCUCAAAGGUGCUGGCCAAGAAAGAACUUGCAUAUGUGCCUGUAAUUGGCUGGAUGUGGUACUUUCUGGAGAUUGUCUUCUGUAAGAGGAAAUGGGAAGAAGAUCAAAAAACAGUGGUGCAGAGCCUUCAACGCCUUAAGGAUUAUCCAGAGAACUUCUGGGUAAAGUUCCUUCUAUACUGUGAGGGCACUCGUUUCACUCAGAAGAAACACAAGAUUAGUAUGGAAGUGGCAGAGAGAAAAGGACUUCCUAAACUCAAGUACCAUCUCUUGCCUCGCACCAAGGGUUUCUGUGUUACUGUUCAACACCUAAGGGGAAAAGUUACUGCUGUGUACGAUUCUACACUUAAUUUCAGAAACAACCAAACACCAAGCUUACUAGGAAUCCUAAAUGGGAAAAAGUACCAUGCUGAUUUAUAUGUGAGGCGGAUUCCACUGGACUCAAUCCCAGAAAAUGAGUCUGAAUGUGCCAUCUGGCUCCACAAACUUUACCAGGAAAAGGAUGAGUUGCAGGAAAAGUACAGUGUGACUGGUCGUUUCCCUGGCCCCACACUGAGCCCGCCCCGCCGCCCCUGGGCCUUGCUCAACUGGCUGUUUUGGAUCUGUCUUCUACUCUUUCCCCUCUGUCUACUACUCCUGCAGUUGUUCCACUCGGGGUCAGCUUUCACCGUUUGUACUACAGUUGUCCUGUGCUUUGCAGCCUCGCUUGGUGUUCGCUGGAUGAUCGGCCAGACAGAGAUUAACAAGGGCUCAAGCUAUGGAAACAAAGAGGGCCAGCUGAAUAACAAUGCCCAAGGCAGCAAAGUCACCAACAAGGACAGCAGAACUACAAAAACAUCAGCAGCUUGUACGGCAGGGAUCAAGAGCAACCACGAGCAGUUUUCAACAAAGCAAGAGGGUAACACCCAACUGGACCAAGACACUGGCACCUGUUCAUGUUAAGGGAGUGUGAAUCCUCAAACUGGAAAACUGCAUGAAAUAA